UCUAUGGCGGAAAAUACAGACGACGUUUGUCAACGAAAGUUCUACUUCAAUCUUUAACAGCCCUCAGUUGUAAUUAAAUGUUAAGAUGGGAAAACUUUAGUCACUUUGUGUUUAACUAAACAUUAAGUGACAGCCCGCUUUCGCAUUGCCAUACUUUGUUUAACAAGUUUAUUUUCACUUCAUGUUAUGACCUAACAGACUUCCAUGCAGUGAGUUGGGGAAGAUUCAUAGCAUCAACCAUUGUCAGUCUUUUUAUGAUUACAGUAGCAGUAACCACCUGUGUAGAAAGGACUUAAAGAUUACGCCUACUCUCGUUUGAUUGACAGGUGAGGAGAGUAACAGAGACCAAUCGUAAUUAAAGCAUCCCUUGUCAUUUUUAUGGUGAUAUAUUAAAAGUGAAAUACCGUAAGAAAUUAGAAUGCCACCAACAGCAGAUACGAUAACAGUUCCGAUAUCUCGCUCCCCACACUUACCAAAGAGACCGCAGACUGUCUGUCCGGCCUAUGUGGCCACCAGGAAUGCAUUAAGAGAACGUGCUAAAAUGAAGAUGAAAAUGCAGUCCCAGGAUUUAUUAGUGAAAGUUCAAAGUGAGAGACAAUUUGAUUUUUUCUAUAAAGAACCCUGUUUGUAUAGUCACAAAGUGUAUGUCAACAGUGCCAAAGUGUUCGAAACUCUCAGACAUGACUCAAAAGAGGAAAGAAGUAAUCCUAUUCUACAGAGAAAGAUUCAACAAACAUUGGCACAAAGAGUUAAGGAUAUACCUCAGCUAGAGUUUGAAGAUGAUCAAGAAAAAAGGUUGACCUUUGAACUUGCAUUUACUGCUCUUAAAUUUCAAGUCUUGUUUGAAGAUGUGUUAGAUGACUGUGCAUUCUUUGUAACAUAUCCUGAGCAUAUGGAAGAUCUUGGUUUAGUAAUGGUUAUAUUAUGUGAUUACCAAACUAGAAAAUUUCAACGCAGAACUCCAUUCACAAACGAAAUUCUCAAUUCUGCUGCAACCGAUGUUGAAGAUGCUAUUUCUGAUUGUAAAACCAAAUUAAAUGCUGCUCUUGCACGACACAGAAUCAAAGCCUCGGCCCCAUCAAUAGAAUACUUGUUACCAGAAACUGUAAGAAGUAAAGAAGCAAUAGGAUCAAAGCAGCCAGUGUAUACAUGGGUCAACCAAAUAAAAACAAGCAUAUCAGAUGUAAUAGACCAGUUUAAAGAGGAAGGUUUCACACUAGUUAACAGUGAAGAGAAGUUAGAAGACAAACAGUUUGCUGUGGACCCGUUAUGUAGUGACGUAUUAAUGUUUCCUGGAGAGUAUAGAGAAGAUCUUGUAGAUCAUGAUCUUUAUCUAGGAGGCAAAAUCGUUAUACAGGAUAAAUCAAGUUGUAUAGCCCCACAUUCUAUCAAACAUUUACUUGGAGAUGACAGUGAUAUCAUACAUGUCAACGUAGGGGCUGGUCUGACCACAGCACAUAUAGCCAGUCUCAUCAACAACAGCAAUAAUCAUGCAUGGGCGUUUGGUGCAAAAUCUACGUCUGAAUCAAAAGCAAUACAAGCUCAAUUUGAGAAAUGUGGAAUUAAAGGAAUCAAGGUGCCGACAGAUUCCUUUCUAGAUAUAGAUCAUGAUGAUUCCAAGUACAAGAAUGUGAGAGUUAUACUAGUAACAGCAGACUGUAGCAGGUCAGCUGUCACUAACCCUGUAGAUUUCAUUGUCAAUGAAGGAGAAGACAUGAAAAUAUUAAAAGACAUGGCAACAGGAGAUGUUAACAUGUCCAGAAUAACAGAACUUAGUAGUGCACACAUGAAUAUAAUGAAACAUGCAAUGAAAUUUUCGAAGGUGCAAGCAGUGGUAUACAUGACCAGAUCUAUACAUGAGACAGAAAAUGAAAAUGUUGUGGUCAAGUCAGUGGAAUAUACAAAUAUGGUACAACAGAGGAAAUUCCCUUGGAGAGUUGUCCCCCCUGUGUUACCUUUCUCUGGAGAGGAGAUAGAAAAGAAAAUAGGGAUCAUUGGUAAAUACAUCAAAUUCCAUCCAACAGAAAAAUCAAGUGGCUGUUUUGUUGCCGUAGUUACUAGAGAGCCUGAAGAUGCUAAAGAGGCAGCGAGAGAUGUUUUAGCAAGAGCUCAAGCUAGAGGUCUACUUCCAACCAAGAAAUCUAAAGAAAAACUUGUUAAUUCUGAAAUGACAAAUGGUGAAGUGGAUCAUAUCCCUAAUGGCCAUGAUCCUGAGGCUGAAUCUAAACUGCUUCCUAAACGGGAAAGAGAAAAGCUACAAAGAGAUCCAAAAAGAAGGAUACGCCAUGAGCAGAUUCUCAAUCAUCUUGUACAUUGUAAGAAAUGUACAUGUAUAAUGCAUAGACCUCCACCCAGUCUGGAUGGCAGUCAAAAGUCAUCAAGUAGCACUCGAAAGGCUUGCACAUCAUAGAUAAUACACAUGCAAACAAAUACAUUAUCUUGAGUCUGAAAGACUCUAAAAGCUAUUCUGUUAUUGAAUAAUUUAUUGAAUUUAUUUUGACUUUGCAUGUCUGUAGAAAAUGAUGCUAUCCAUGUAAUCAGAAUUCGUUUUUUUGAUAAAACUUCUAAUGAUUUUUUUUAUUAUUUUUAUUUACAAGUGUAACAGUAGGUGUUGAUCUUUUUAUCAGCUAAUAAAAAAUAUAUGAUAAAAAAUAAACCAUCAAUUCUGUUGACCUUGAGAUGGAAUUGUGAUUUAAUAUGAAGUGUCUCAAAACCUUUAGGAUUUUCAUGAUUUACAAAUAAAUGGGCCAUUCCAAAAAUGUAUGAAGGGUUGGAUCCCAAAUGAAAGUUUAGUAUGGAUAAAAUAGGGUUGGAAAUGAAUAAAAUUCUGGUACGAGUGAAAAUAACAAUUAGGGGUGCUAGGGUAUAAAAAAAGAGUUGUACAUUUUACCCGUAAGAACUAUCAGAUUGUCAUGUUGGAAUAUUUUGUAGGCAAAUUAUUCAAUAUUUGGAUAGGAUGGUUUGAAAAAGCUUUUUGGGAUGAUUGUAAAAUGUUAAAGAACAGUCAAUUACAUUGUUUCUAUAUUUAUAUAUUCUUAAUUUUUUUCAACCAACUGGUUGUAUGUUAUUACAGAAAACUGAUUUCAAAGUACAAAAGAAAAUUGUAUAAAAUCAUUUAGCUAUCAAUAUUGAUAACAAUUAAGUUUAUGUAUUUUUAAUGUUGUUCUUAUAUUCUGUGUAUUAAACAAAAGGUUGGACUGUGAUAUUUAUAUAUGUGAUAGUAUUACAGCUUUGUAAAUUCAUACAUAGUGCUUUAUUGUGUCUGAUUACUUAUGUGCAUCACAACAUUUCAUGCAUUUAUUUUGUCAUAUCAAUACUUCCAUAGCAAUGUUACAUUUAAUCAUUCGUUAACUGUAUAUUAUGUACCAUUUUGCUUUUAACAUGUUUUAUACAAGACUUCAUCAUAUAUGAUUUGACUUUCUUAAAGUAAACUAAUUUGAAGAAAAAGUCUUGUAAUUAUACAAAAGGUCUUUUGAAUGUGGAAGUAUAUUUUUUUUUGUCUAGAGUGUGUUUUGGAGACAAGUUUCUUUAGAACAGGCAAUGCAUUUGAGGGUGACAAAACUAUACACCCUUAAGUUCAGAGGUUAUCAUUAUUUGAAGUGUUUUUCAAUGAAGAUUUUGAAAAAGACUUGAACCUAAUAAAAACAGAAUGUUGAUAAAUAAGUGGGCAUUAUUUUCAUUUUCUUUUUAAAUUCUGGACAAACUGCUUUAAAAGUAAAACCCUCCAUUAGGAGGAUUUUUUUCAUUUAUUUGUAUAAGAUGCGACUGUUUUGCACUAAGAAAACCUUGACUGCAGGCGGUAUAUUUUAGGCCUCACAGCCAUUUUGCCUGGUAUCAAAAUUAUAAGCUUUUUUUAUGAUGAAUGAAUUGUUAAGUUUAUUAUUAUUAUUUUGUAUGAAAAUAUCCAUCCAUUUUACAAACAUGUACAAUAAAUAAUUGUAUCCGUCCAUUUUAAAAUCAGUGCUCUAUAUUUAUUUGUUAAUAGAAGUUCAAUGUUAAUAAAAUUAUAAACAUAACAUU